UUUAGUCCGCCAGCUCUUCCUGUAUGUUGUACGGAAGUUAGGCUUUGCAACUUCAAGAUACCUUUAAUCACCUAAUUUAACGUUGAACUUUAAGUUUUACAGCCGUGAUUCAUUCCCAGUGCUUUAGGGAGAUCAAAUAAGGAUUCGCGAAGAGGCCAUCGAAGCUUUACCAAGUUCACAACUCGCAAAGGACUUUUGGCACAUAUGAUMAUAUUUUAAAACAACGAGGAGAGAAAAAAUCUACCAAAACUCGGAGAUCUCUUAUAUGGAAAGUGGUUUUAUAGAACAAAAGCCCACAUGCGUCGUACWCUCAAUUUAUGGUGGUAUUGUUUCAUUUGGUAGGCACCCCCACAAAUGCUGAAUGUACGAGUUGCUCCUUUGAAUAUGGCGGACGGACACCCACUCAAGAAUUCGAGUGAUCAACCCACUUAUUGUGAUACUUCAGUGUUCAGCCCGUCCAAAAUCGGACCAGAAGAAAACUGGCCUGCAAAAGUCUUAGCAGCACUGAAAGAUUCCGCUCCACCAGAGCCAAUUCGUUUAGCAUGUAUGAGCGCUGUCCCGAGCAAACCUCACUUCUUCGAAGAAGAAUUUCAUGGCAAACUUACUCGUGAGGAGGUGACCGCACUCUUGCUAGGUGGUACAAGCGAACCAGCAAAUGGACGGUUUCUUGUGCGGGAAAGUCUAUCAGCUCCCGGUGAUUAUAGCUUGUCAUUGACAUAUGGUGGUAAAAUCACACAUUAUCGAUUGUUCUACACCAAUGGAAAGUAUUCUACAAGUAAAGAUGGAAGCGAGAAAAAGUAUGACAAGCUGGUAGAACUAGUCAUUGAUAUUUUAGAAAUGCUUCGAUAUGUGGAAGGAGCCCAAGUUGCCGAGAAAAGAGAGAAAAAGGUUGAAGAGAAAGUCCAAGCACAUAGUUUUAAAUUGCACCACUACAAACAACCCAAAUGGUGUGACAUUUGUGGUAAGUUUAUGUGGGGGCUUAAAGGCCAAGGAAUGAGGUGUGACAUAUGUGCAAUGAAUGUUCAUCAAAAAUGUACCAAAGACGCCAUGAAAAAAGAGUGCAAGGCACCACAACCAAAACAAAAGGCAAAACCAACUAAAAAGUUAAGUCAUCCUGGUAUGGCCCCAAGACACAGCAUAACUCCAGAGACUUUUAGAACACAAUGUGAUUAUCAAGAAGGAUGUGUUAGAUUCCUUCAUCACCUUAAUAUCCCUGUAAAUCUCUUUAAUGUGAAUGCUUUGAACCCAUGCUACUGUGAUCAUUGUUGUCAAGAAGUUGAAGUUCCACUGUACCGACAAGGAGAUCCUGCACAGGAAUACUCCAUUCCUCUUGGCUGGUGCCGGUUUCAAUUUGCUUUGGCUGACAAGGUAUCUGCCGAAGCACAAUCUAAGCUAAAUAUGGCAUUUAUGUCUCUUAGUGCACAGAACAUAACUGAAGUGUUAGAUAAGUUUGGCACAGAUGGGCAGGACUCUAGUAAUGAAAUGCCRAAGCCACUGACAAAAUUCACUCCAUCAAUCAUAUGUGCCGACCUUGAUUCUCCUGUGACCAGGUACACUGACCCAGAAACAGAGGAACGUAGGGCAGGGCAGGUAGUACUCCAAGUGUAUGUCCAGCCAUAUUCCUGUCGACCAAUGGGUAGAGCAGGGUCUAAAGAAGAAAUAGAUCCAUAUUUUAAAAAGGAGACAAUCUAUUGGGUCACCAAUCAGCUUACAGGUAUUGUUCCAUUUGCUCUUCUGGUCAAGACAAUGGAUGCUACAUAUUUACAGCUCUGAGUUAGUUAGAAUUACACUCACUUAACUAGAUUUUAUGGGGAUGUCCUAAAUUAUACUCUUGUGUUUUUAGAAUGUGUAGAUAGCUGUGGAUUUGGAUUGUUGUUACUCUAUAUUUUGAAGAGUAUCUUGGGCUUGGUUUGAAGGUCAAGUUUCCAUCAAAUUGUAUCCUUCAAAAACCCAGGCAUUUAGAGUGUUUCAGCAACAUAACAUGAUUCCUUUUAAGACAGCAUGUGUUAUCAGACGUAGUCAUAAUAUAGCUCAUACACUAAAACUGCUUUAUUUGUGAUUUCACUGACAGCAUACUAUCAGUGUUUGGACAUUUUUUUAUGUUUUAGUUUCAGGCAAGAGUAAGAGUAAUUCACUUWAUUCAAAAUAUUAAUAAGUUCCAAGUACAUUUCGAAGAAGUGUCCAAAAUCUGAUAUUUUGUUUUUAUUAAAUAGUAAUUAUUGCUAGUUAAAGUUGAAAAGGGAAGAUGCUAUCAAGUGAUGUUAUUUGACUGAUAGGUCUGAUACAUAACUAUAGCUGGUCAUAAUUUAGCUAGAUUUGUUUUCUUACAACACCYUACCAGUUGAUUUUUAAUGGGAUAUGACAGCUUAAAUACUASCUCCCUAAUGAUUGUUUGAUUGCUUUUUUAUAUUUUUCUGUUAUUCAUUUCUGAUCAAUCUUAUGCAAAGCUAACUGCACAGUUUUCAAAAUAGUCUUGAUUUUGCCACUAGUUCUUUCUCAUGUUUUACAAUUUAAUAAGUUAAUUAUUCUUACAGCAGGAGACAAAAUACUCAUAAACAUGUAUUAAAAAAAGUGCUAAUAGUGAUUAUAGGUAAGCUUAGUUAUUAUAAAAUGCCCGAUGUUGUUGUCAUUAUUGCAUAACAAAAACAGACUAGUGUAGUAAAACAGCAUUUUCUUACUUCUUUUGGUACACUUUGGAAAGGAAAUUGACCAAUAUAUGCAAAAUGAAUAUAAUUUUAUACUUGUAUAAAACAGCUAAUUGUCUGAUCUAUUUCAAGAAUGUAUAGAAUGACUAAAGAAGUAAAUAUAAUAAUUAUUGCAAUAAUUAUUGUAGCUAAUUUGUGAAAAUUUCUGAAAACAAAAUAAGGAUACAGUAGAGCAAAUGCAGGAAAACCAUGAAACAAAAUCAAACUAAAUACUAACAAAUAGCGACUAUUUAGAGGCAAAAUUAAUUGUCAGUAUCAAUGAACCAGAACACAAUUAAGAUGAAUCCACAUGGGACCAUUUUCAAUUCAUCUCGAUUGCAUUCUGGUUCACCAAGAUACUGACAAUUUUGUCUCUAAAUAGCUGCUAUUUGUUAGUAUUUAGACGUUUGAUUUUAUUUCAUGGUUUUCCUGCGUUUGCUCUAAAGCCUUGACCACAAAUUACAGUCAAAUUAGUUUUGACUUUCAAACAAGCAAAUCUAUUUUGUUCAAAUUAACAAUGAAUUUUUUUUGAUCGCUCCUGCUAUAUUAGUUGUGAAUUGAUUUUGUAUGCUGUGCUUGUUGCUGUACAUUGUUAUAAUAUUGUGUAUGGAAGAAUAGAUGUUAGAGUGGUUUCACUUUGCCUAUCAAAGACACUGAUUGAGGUGUCACUCUAAUACAAAUUGAUCAUGUAUUAAGUGAACACUUAUUUAUAUUAUAAACAAAGUCUACUAGUCGAUAUAUGGUGACAUUAUCGUUGACCUAUCAUAGGAAGUAGAAAACAUAAUAAUCCAAAGACAUGUUCAUUUUGUUCUUAUUCAAACAGUAAUUAUCAGAUAACUUUUUAUUUCGUUUUUGUGGGUGACCGAUAUAAAAACAGUCAAGUGAAAAAGAAACUAUUAUACGUGUAUGYAUUAGUGACCAUGAUCUAUUUAACAGAUUUAAUAAUGAUUAUUAUUAUAACUGAUUUAUUCAUCAGCUUCUGGUCUGUUAUUGAUAUUGUUUAUUAGAUUUUUUCUUAGUAUAGCUGUGUUUUCUUUCAUUUUUUGAAUUUCUUUAAGUUAAUAAUUAAUCGUUAUAUUUGUAUAGAUAUAGGUAAGAAAUAGGUAACUAUUUGUAUAGCRAAAUGUUUAGGUAUGCUGAAGAUAUGCAGUCUGAUAUGCUAAAACGUGUACAUAGUUUUGCAAAAWUUCUGAAAAAGUCUACAAUAUUUUCAUAUACAUUUAUUGUAAUAAAUAGUAUUUGACGUAUAAACUAAUAUUUAGCUAUAUCUACUGUUUUUAAAGAUUGGUAUUAAUCACAGCCUGUUCCAAUAAUUUACCUGGCAUAAUUAUGGAGUUGUUCAGAAUUUUUGCAAAAAGCUGUAUGUCAUGUAGUUCUAUUUUAUUGAAAAUAAACAGGAUAUAGCAUAGUUAUAAAUUGAUUUGGUUGCAACUAUUGAUCAUACAUUGAUUGUACAUUGAUAUAAAUUAUGAUCCAUAAUGUAGAUUAUUUAAAUGUGUUCAGAAUUUUUUAAUUGCAUAUUGCAAGCAAGUUUUAAAUUAUGUGACCUGGCCCAUGCUGAUUAUGCUGAAACAACUGUACAUAUGACAAAAUUGAUUGUAAUUGAAUCUUUUUUCUCUUGGUGUGCAACCCUAUUAGAGUUGUGUAUGACUAAACAUUUGCUUGUACCAUUGCAUGCAUUGUCAUACAUGUAAAGUGUAUGCACCUAAUCUGAAAAGAUACUAGACAAGUUUGUUUUUUUUUCUGUGUGCUCACUAUAUGCAAUUUUGAUAAUUUGUAGAAUUACAGCAUCAAACAACCUGCGCACAUAGAGAGGACAUGUAUGUGGUAUAUAUAGAGGCUAUUAUAUGGGUACACRGAGAUAUGGACUUUAUCUUCGAGYGUUGCAAGAUCUUCGAGUGUUGAGARAUUUUCAGCACGAGAAGAUAAAAUUUGUAUCUUCAAGCAAAAAUGUAAUAUUCUGUUUAUCAUAUAAUUAGUAUACAUAUAAAGGCAAAUUAUGUCAUAAAAUACCUAUUUUCUUACUUCUACUAUAUAGAGGAAAUAUUCACUAGUCAAAAUAACAUCUUUACAAAAUGGAGAAAAAAUAGGUAUUGAUAAUUAUAUGAUAAAUAUAAAUAUUCCUUAAAAGGGCCAUCCCACAAUAUGAUAACUUGCCCCAUGAAAUGGAAUCCAAAAUCGGAGAAAAUUUUGAUUCUGGAACUUAGAAUCCACACUUGGAAUUUGAAAUCUGUGGUAAUGGAAAACAGGAGGAAUUCUGAAUCUUAACAAUUUUAAAUCUUUCCAAAUUUAUUGUAAACAAGUCACCUAUGACAAAAAGAGAUAAGAUCCUUUGCAUUUUGAACCCAUUAAAWAAAAUCAUGGAAUUAMAAAUCUAGGAGCUUGGAGUCCAGAUUGCAUAUCAUGGGGCAAGAUUACAAAGCAUUCUAUGCAGCAAUGCAACUACUAGAUGCCAGAUUACUAGAUUCGAGUGUCAGGACAGUCAUUUUUGGUAAAUUUUUAAUCAAUGAGACACAUUGUAAAGUGCAUAAUCUAUUGACUUAAAUUAUGUAUUUAGUAGUUUUAUAUAAACAAAUUGAAUAAAUGCAAAUGAAUUUCUU